UCGUGGGCUUUGUGUGGCAGAAGCAGGGUUAGGGAGUGCAUUGCGUGGCAGAAGCAGGGUUAGGGAGUGCAUUGCGUGGCAGAAGCAGGGUUAGGGAGUGCAUUGCGUUUUGAGUAGCAAAGCGCUUAGCGUAAAGAAAACCAAUUUAAACACUCAAACUGUAGGCCUGUGCGAGGGAAACUGAAAGGGUGGGCUUUAUUACUUUGAGACGCCUUCUAACCACAGUUUCAUACUGUGCAUUUAAUCUAAAAUAUACAACCAAAGUUAGUAUAUUCACAAAUAAUAAUACGCAGUUUUAAAAUACAGUAUUUUUUUUUUUAAAAUAAUUAAAUCAGGGCCUACACUGCAAUAGUUUCUGUACCGUUUAAACACUCCGGAAACCAAAACAAAGACUGACUUUCUAUACGCUAGAAAAGGCAAGUUAGCCGUUGAGAGGAGUGGGCAUGCUAGUUUAUCGAGGUUGUUUUCGCCCCAUUGCUGAUGUAAUGGUAAUGUGAUCGAUCCAGUUAGAUUUUUUUAUUAUUAUUUUAUUUUUUUACAGUGACGGACGGACAUGCUAAACGCCCGUCGCAACGAGUUUCUCUACUCCAAAUGAAACAAAAGGGCUGCGAAGAGAAUUGACUUUGAAUUUGGCUUUUUGAUUUUUAGACCAGCAUGAUACAUUAACAGUAAGGACGAGGUAUUGUUUAUGAACAAGUUAGAAGAGCUUCACUAGUUAAGAUUUUUUUUUUCUCAGUUUGAUUGAAGAGAACUCGAGGCAGACGCUUUUUUUUCUCAGAAACCCCAAUUGAAAGGUUGUGUAAUUAUACACUGUACAUGAUAUAAUAUUAAGAGUUGCCACACAAUUGUGAAAAUUAUUAUUUUGCCGAAAUCACUGCCCAGACCCCGCUGCUAAAUAAGUAUUUUUUUAUAUAUAUAUUUUAAUGACAAACAUUGGCAGCCGUUACAAUGUCGAACAUUCCCAAUGAAGCAGUUGUCUUGAUAAAAGAAGUUAAACCCGGGCUGAAAAAUUUAAAUAUCGUCUUUAUUGUACUGGAGACAGGUCGAGUUACCAAAACUAAAGAUGGGCACGAGGUGCGGUCGUGUAAAGUGGCAGACAAGAGUGGCAGCAUCACGAUAUCAGUGUGGGAUGAGCUGGGGACACUGAUCCAGCCCGGGGACAUCAUUCGUCUCACCAGAGGUUACGCCUCCAUGUGGAAAGGCUGCUUAACGUUGUACACGGGACGAGGGGGAGACCUGCAGAAGAUCGGGGAGUUUUGCAUGGUGUACUCGGAGAUCCCCAACUUCAGUGAACCCAACCCAGAUUUCCUGUCCCAGGUGUCCUUGCAGAACAAGAGUGCCAAAGGUGAGCAGAGGAGCAACUCCCCCACAAACAGCUCUAAUGCAGGUAACGGCUCUCAGCAGUCCUACUCCACGAUGGGCGCGACCCCUGCCAACAGCCACCCGCAGCACCCAGCACCAUCCUACGGGUGGCCUGGCAGAACCAGCGGGCGCGGGCAGGGCAAUGGCAACGGGAACCUCCAGACAGCAGGGGGCAGCACUCCCGGGCACACGCAGCCCUCUGUCACCGUCAGCAACGGCAGAGACCCCCGCAGGACUAAAAGAUAAUCCCGCCCCUCCCUUCCCCUCUCCUGCUAGAGGAGAGUGUUGACGGCCACCUCGCUGAACAAACUGCUCACCCUACUUGAACGCUAAAUGCACUUUUCCUUAUUUCUUUUUUUAUUUUUAUCAUGGAACUGUGUAAAGUUAGUGUUGCAAAAUUAUUUUUUGUUUGUUUUAGUUGCGUGUGUGUGUGUAUAUAUUAGUGGACUGUUCAUGAAAUGCCUAUAACUGCAGCUUGCUGCAUUUAAAAAUAAAUGUCAAAUAAAAAGAUAAGUGAUAGAGCUGCUGCUUACAAGUGCUGUAACUCUUCUUGACCAAAAGUGACCAUAGUGGAGUCGAGGUGGUGAUUCACGGUUCAUUCAUUUU